AUGCUGUCCAGAAUAGCCCGCGCCCCGCGCAUGGGCAUGAUGGUUGCUCAAUUAUCACAAUCGGCUGCGUCGCCAGCGUUCCGAAGCAGACAAGCAGCCGCGGCGGUCUCCCCGUGGAUGCGAUCGUUUGCCAGUAACAACAAGAAUACUAGAAAGCGCGAAAGCCAAAGCCAGAACCAGUCCUCGUCAGCAAACCCAGCUUCCCAAUCCAAUGCCGACUCCAAGCCCGAGCCGUCGGUCGGCGAUAACGCAGCCGCCCAAAAAGCUGAAUCCUCCAACGAGGCCGAGCCGAUUCCCUUCCACAAGCUACCUGAUCUAACACAGGGUAUUCCAUCGACUCUUGAUGAAGAACUACGGAAGCACUCAGGUCGAUCACAGUCGGCUUUGGAGGCUGUAGAGCAAGAUGAGGAAUCCGAGGGCCGUGGCAAGCGAGAUCGCGCCGAGUAUGUUUCGACGAGCGACCGUAACCGUAAAUGGUGGGCGCGAUUCAUGCUGCUAGCUGCUGCUGCUGGAGGAUCCUUUGGAGUUCUCUACAUGGGCCGCGAGUGGGAUGACGUUAUUGAGGCCGAGCGCCACAGCGAUAUUCCCAAUGGUUGGACCCCUUCUCUGUGGUGGCAGAGAGUAAGAGCCCGUAUGGGCGAAUCAGUCUCCUAUUACCAGGAUCCCGCCUUCGACAAAUUGCUCCCAGAUCCCGACCCGAGCUUCGAACGCCCAUACACUCUUUGUAUUAGUUUGGAUGACCUCUUGGUUCACAGCGAAUGGACCCGAGAACACGGUUGGAGAGUUGCUAAGCGGCCUGGUAUGGACUACUUUGUCCGAUAUCUCAGCCAGUAUUACGAAUUAGUUCUCUUCACGACUGUUCCUUUCGCCAUGGGUGAGCCCAUCGUUCGCAAAUUGGACCCGUUCCGCUUCAUCAUGUGGCCGCUUUACCGCGAGGCUACCAAGUACGAAGACGGCGAGAUCGUCAAGGAUUUGUCGUAUCUUAACCGAGACCUAUCCAAGGUCAUCAUCAUCGACACCAACGCACAGCAUGUACGAAAGCAACCAGAGAACGCUAUCGUGUUAGAUCCAUGGAAGGGAGACGCCAAGGACAAUAAUCUGGUCGGCCUGAUUCCUUUCCUUGAAUACAUCCACACGAUGCAGUACUCAGACGUCCGCAAAGUUUUGAAAUCAUUUGAGGGCAAGGACAUCCCCACGGAAUUUGCUCGCCGCGAGGCCAUUGCGCGAAAAGAAUUCAACAAGCAGUUGGAGCAGAAGAAGAAACACUCCAAGGGAUCUGGAGUCGGUGCGCUGAGUAACCUCCUCGGCCUGAAAUCCAGCAACAUGAGCAUGACGAUGGCUCCAGAAGGCGAGCAGAACCCAUCAGAGGCAUUUGCCCAGGGCAAGAUGUUGCAGGACCUUGCUAGAGAGCGUGGCCAGCGCAACUAUGAGCUUUUGGAGAAGGAAAUUCGAGAAAACGGCGAGAAGUGGCUCAAGGAGGAACAAGUUGCCAUGGAGAAGGCCCAACAAGAAGCUAUGAGCAGCAUGAUGGGCUCCUUUUCCGGCUGGUUCGGGCCCAAGCCCGGCGAGGGUGCUAGUGCCAGUCCCGAAAAGAAGGCGUAA